AUGCAGUCGCCGCCAACUCAUAUAGAAAUUACCUUACCGGAACCAUUCUACUUGUCUCCAUUGGCACUUUCAUGUCUUUACACAGCUGUCAUUGGACUGGAUUACAUUGUAUUGCUCAAUGAGAAAAAGCUACCAUUGACAUCUACUCAACUCAGAUUAGUCAUCACGGCAAUCCAUAUUGCCCUUCCCUUGAUAUUUAUUACACACUCGGUUAAAUAUAAUCUCUUUUUUGCUGGCUUACCUUGGGCUGUUGCCUCCCUCACUGCCUGUCUUCCCCUGGAUGAAAUUACCCUGUCAGAUUGGGUUUUGGCUCAGUCCUCUGUUCUCCUGGAUCCAAGUGUUUCCGUGCCAUCCAAUCCCACCAUAAAAGAAAUCUAUAAUACAGCAACUAGUCAAACCCUUGCCACACGUAUUCAUGGUAUCGCAAAGAUAGGAAGAGGAAUGGCCAAACUAGUAAUAAUGAAAUACAUUCUCGAUCCAUUUUUGCCUGCGGACCCAUCUAGUGUGCUGCUCUUCCCUUGGUUUAGCAAGACUAGUUUGGUUCUCACCAUACUUUUUGGAAUGAAGGCAUAUCUGACAAUUGGAGCGGUAGAUAUUGGACUUGGAUUUAUGCAAUUUGUACUGGGUAUACCUCUUGUUGAUAUAUUCAACUCUCCUAUUCUUGCUCACAGUCCAAAAGAUUUUUGGGGACGCAGAUGGAACAUGAUUGUUCGAAAUCAUCUUCAUAGAGUUGUAUUUUUGAGCAAGAAAGGCAAGAAAAUUCAUGAAAAGAAGCAAGACGAUCCACCAGUAGGUGACAAUGGUCUUCCUAUACCAGCUCAGCCGCCUUCAGUAUUGGCUCGAAAUCUCAGAGGUCUGAUGGUAUUCUUUGUGAGUGGUGCAUUCCAUGAACUGCUUAUAAUGAGUGCUUGUCGCCGAAUGACACUCGAAAACCUGUUGUUCUUUUGUAUCCAAGGGGUUUUUACUUUGAUUGAAGUCACUAUACGUAAAGGGUCCCUUAAAAAAGAUCCAACCGGCUGGCGACGGGCCGGUUUUAUUCUUUUGCAUAUUGUCCUUAUGAGUAUUAUGGGUCGUCUCUUCCUUGGCCCCUUUCUUCGAUACGAAUGCCUGUAUAACUUAUUGCUGGAUAUCUAG